AUGUUAGAGAUACACUCCAAAGAUAUCUACCACGGUCUUCCGGUCAUCUCUGGAGAUGUUAAGGGCCUCACAGCCAUUAUCACCGGAGCGAAUGGUAUUUCCGGAAACCAUCAGCUCAAGGUCCUUUGUGAAUCUCCUCGGUGGGAAAAGAUCUAUGCUCUGUCUCGAAGACCGCCGCAUGGUUCAUGGCCCGAUCAUGUCGAGCAUAUAUCGGUUGAUCUAUUGAAAUCGCCGGAAAAUAUUGCGGCAGAAUUAGCAAAGAGGGGAGUUCGUGCAGAUUAUGUCUUCUUCUUUGCGUAUGCCCAACCAACGCCCAAGGCCGGAGAAACAGUUUGGAGUCAAGAAGAGCUAGUUGUUGUGAACAAAAAACUUCUUGUCAACUUCCUCGAGAGCCUGGAGUUGAACAACACAAUCCCCAAACGUGUGUUGCUACAGCUGGGGGGCAAGUAUUACGGUAUCCAUCGAGGUCCCACCAGCUGCCCUCAAGUGGAAUCAGAUCCUCGCGUCCUGGCUGGACCUAACUUCUACUACGACCAAGAAGACUAUUUGCAAGCCUUCGCUGAGAAACACCAAAUCGGCUGGAACACUACUCUACCGUCUCACAUUGCGGGAGCAGUCCCAGAUGCAGCCAUGAACCUCUGUUACCCCUUGGCAAUCUACGCCACAGUUCAAAAUUAUCUCAAUCGGCCUCUGGAAUACCCCGGUGACGUCGAAGCAUGGGAGGCAAAUGUGUCCAUCUCAAGCGCACGGGCAAAUGGAUACCUUGCAGAGUGGAUUGUACUGACCGAGCAAGCCAAAAAUGAGAUCUUUAACGCAGCAGAUGACUGCCUCUUCACAUGGGGAAAGUUCUGGCCGAAACUCGCUGAGCGUUUCCAGAUGCCUUGGAAGGGUCCCGAUACAAGCAGCGAAGCUUCAUAUGAGACUGUGACCAUGCCACAUGAUCCACCGCGUGGUUAUGGUCCACCCGGUGCGUUCCAUUUCCGAUUCAGACUUGCCACCUGGGCGAAGACACCGGAGGUUCAAAAGGCGUGGGCGGAGAUUGCGGAGAAGGAAGGAUUGGUUGACAAGGAGUUGAGGGAUAUUGACCGGGUCUUUGGCUUCACUGACUUUGCCCUGGCUAUGAAUUUUCCGAUUUCUUUGAGCAUGGCCAAAGCCAAGAAGCUGGGAUACUUUGGGUUUGUUGAUUCAACUGAAUCCAUUCUACGAGUCGUGGAGGAAUUUGUUGAUCUGCGGAUGCUUCCGCCUCUCAUAUCCCCGGCCAACCCAGCUACUGAGACGCCGUAG